AUGGCCGCCACCCCUUUAUUGACACCAAAGCCAGAGAUAGAUUCUCCAGAGUCCAGUAAAGCAAAGCUCAAGGAAAUUCGAGUAUCAUCUAAUAUACUACGAGCUCUCCGUGCACAUCAAAUAGUUUCUCGAGCAUUAGAAUCAUUUCUUCGUGUCGUCCCAGUUAAAGCUGAUGUCCCAGAAGCCAAAGCUGAUGUUGAUGGUAACAAUAAUCGACCGAAUGAGGUUACAUGUGUACCAGCAGUCUACUACGAACAUUUUGUUUGCAUUUUGAUUAAAUUGGCAACAACUUUAAGUAGAGACGUGAGUUGAUUCGAUUUUUGGGGAAAGGUCAUGGAUAAUAUGGUGUUUAGGCUAAAUUGAAGUGGUUUUAAAUUCUUGUUAAAAUUUGUUAAUUUGAAUAUGUAAAGGAUGGAUUUGUUAAUCUUUUUGUCAAUUUUCAAUAAGCUGGGUUUUUUUUGAGAAAGAUAUGGCUUUUUGUUGGCACUGACUUCAGUUGGUCAUGGAUAAUAUUACGUUUUUGAUUAAAUAUGAACUGAAUUUGAUAUUAAGUUGAAGGUUUUAGGUUUGUGUACAUAGAGAAUCUAAUACUGAACAUUUUUUAGUUAAUUAAUUUAUUUUUAGGUCAUUUUUACCUAUAGUAAUAUCAAUUUUACUGUGAGGUACAGCAAACUUUUUGAAAUAAAUCCUUUUUUAUCCAUUUUUGGGUAAUAAUUGUUGUUUUUGAUAUUAAAAUGAUGUCUAAAAUUAAAAUACAAGUAUUUCAAGUUAAUUUAUAGGUAAUAACCUCAAUUUUUUCAGCAAGUCCAGCUAAAAACCGAGAUAUUCGACCUAGUCAAGACCAUCUUAACUGAAGGAUUUCAUCGAGAUUCGAUCAAAAUCAAGUCAGAAUGGUUCGAACAUCUGAUCGACCAGUCGAAAAGUUUGCCGGAAACGGACGAAAAGGCUCAAAUCAUGUCGGAAUUGUACUAUACCUUGUACUUCUUCGUGGAAUUGUUUGACAAAACAGAUGACAGUCACAUUAUUCGAGUCUUGAUCAGAGCUAUGGAGCCGAUCUUGACGAAUAUAUUUGAGCACAAAAUUGUGGCUGUAAGUUUAAUUGGGGCGUCUUUUUGAAGUUUUUAUUUGGUUUUUGGGUUUGUUGAGAUAUUUGUUACCUAAAAGUUAAAAUUUUGGGUGUGGAAAGAAAGUUUUUGCUAUUUUAUGUUUUGUAAAGAAAGUUCUUGCCAUUUUAUACUUUGUAAAUAAAGUUCAUGCCAUUUUAGGUUUUGUAAAAAAAAGUUCUUGUCAUUUUAUACUUUGUAAAGAAAGUUCUUGCCAUAUUAUGCUUUGUAAAGAAAGUUAUUGCCAUUUUACGAUAAAAAGUCAAAGGUUAGUCUUUCGCAGUCUGCGGUUGCCAAGUUAUACGAUACAUAGCACUUUUAUGUUUUGUAAACAAAGUUAUUGCCAUUUUAAUCUAAAACAUUCAUUUUCAGGUAUACCCAACAGCAUUCCUCCUCACAGCCAAGAUAUUCGAAUUCGACAACAACAAGAACGGCCUAACCGUCGCUCCCCACCUAUAUCAACAUGUAAUGGGCUUCUUUCGUCUAUUCUUCAACAAAUUAAGCGAUGGAUGCAUGACAAUCGACUCCAAGUUCCUGGUCCAAGUCCGCAUCGUGACCAACUUCCUGGCCACCAUCUCCAAGUAUCAACCAGAAUUCAUCAGAGGCGUCUCAAUGAACUUCUUCCUAAAGGCUGGAAACAAAGUUGCUGCGCUUUUUCAAAAACACAUUGAGAAUAAUGCGAACGAUGAGAAGAUCUUCGAAAACUCGGAUUAUCAAAAUUUGUUGAGGAGUGUAACAUCAAUUGUCAGGGUGAUCACACCUUGUCUACAUAAUGCUACACAGGUGGGUAUUUUUUAAAUUUUUGAAAUGUGAUGAAGAUUUUUGAAAGAUUAUGGUAGAAAGCACUAUAAUGCCAAGAACUUUCUUUACAAAACACAAAAUGGCAAGAACUUUCUUUACAAAACGGGAAAUGGCAUUCAUCGUAUAAGUUGUCACACGCAGACUGCGAAAUGUGAAAACUUUCUUUACAAAUCAUAAAAUGGCAAAAACGUUCUUUACAAAACAUAAAAUGGCAAGAACUUUCUUUACAAAACAUAAAAAGGCAAGAACUUUCUUUACAAAACAUAAAUUAUCAAACAUCGUAUAACUUGUCACCCGCAGGCUGCAACUAAACCAGAAGUUUCAGGAAGUCAGUCGAAACGUAGCCCAAGCAAUCCUAAUGCCAGCCGUACCAGUAGGACUACCUUCACACCUAGUAGACGAUGAUCUCCUGACCCAUGUUACAGUAACCCUAAUACCACUGUUACGAGGUCCAGCAGCACCAUCCUAUUGUGUACCACUACUAGCACGACUCUGCGUUUUCAGACACAAACUACUAAAACCACCCCUUAAAAUGUUGUUCAACCGGAUCGAAGUCUACAUUGAAACCACUCCUAAUUUGAAACAGACUAGGCUAGGCCAGGAGCUGGAACUUAUCAUGGUGGUGGAGAAGUUCAAAGAUGAUUUGAAGAAGAUUCAGAAGAUGGAGAAGGAAAUGGUCGAGCUGGAAGGGAACCUAGAUGAACAGGAAAAGCUUAACAGUAAGAGGUUUGGGUUUUUUAAGCUUGGGUUUGGUUAAAAAAUUUAGCGGUUUUUGGCCAUUUUUUUGGAAAAAAUGAGGUUUUAAGUCAUUGUUUGAUAAAAAUGUAAAAGUAGAAGGUAUAUAAAGUAUAGUGCAGUAAGUUACCGAUGAGUUGAAACAUUAAAAAUUCAUUUUUGAAUGGAGUUUUAACUAAAAAAGGUCGCAAAAAGCAAUUCGAUCAGGAUGAGAUUCGAACUCACGCGGGGAAACCCCAAUGGAUUAGCAGUCCAUCGCCUUAACCACUCGGCCACCUGAUCACGGCGGCUCGGGACGCUAAAAAUGGAUUGGAAAGGGGCGGGAUUAGGCUAGCUAGAAUGAAAUUGGGGGUGGAUUUGAGUUUUUUCUAAAUAAUAUUUUUUUGGAAUUUUCUUAUUAUUUUUGAACUUUAGAAAAUUUUUUUGAGUUUUCAAAAUUUUUCGAUUUUUAAAAAUAUUUUUAAAUUACAUUUUAGGCCUCCGAGAGACAGUUCAACAGAUCCUGGAGAAACAUUUGAAUUUUCAAAUACCAAGUAAUGUGUCACCGCCGAAUAUGUACGAAGUACCGACUCUAAUUGCCCUCAGGGCAUUGGCCAUGGAGUAUCUGGAGAAAUCGAGGUUUGGGUAAGUGGAAAAUUUGCUCGGGGACAGGGCACAUAAUUUUUUGAACAACGUAAUAAGCGAUUUCUUGGUUUUGAAAUGAAAAUUUUUUAAACGAAAAAUUUUUUUGAGUUUUAAAAUUGAAAAAAUUUUAAUUUCGAAGCAAGAUUUUAUAAAUUUUCGAAAGUUAAUACAGUCAUUUUUACAGCAAUUUUAGUUUCAUCAACGAACAGUUUCUAAUGGCCAUUCACAUCAUCGAAGAAACGAAAAAACAGCCUCAGGCAGCGAUGCAAAGGAUACGAGAAGAAGAGCGAAAAGUCUUCAAAUACUACUCGGUUUUCUUGGAAAAAUCGCUUCAAAUCCAGAUUUCAAAGGUUAAAGCUGGAGAGACUGUGUAAGUGGCAAAGUGUGGGUGUUAAUAUUGGGAACUUUUUGAGUUUUUUUCGUUUUUUUUUACAGUAUUAGGUAACAAUUUUAAGUUUUUUAGGGGUUAUUUAGGUCUUUUUUUAUUUUGGGUAACAAAUACAUUAUUUUUUGGAUUCAAGAAUUCAUUUAUUGAUUUUUUAAAUUUUUAGGUAUUAAUUCUUAGUUUUUUUUGAAAAGUGGCAAGAACUUUCUUUAAAAACCAUAUAAUGGCAAGAACUUUCUUUACAUAACAUAAAAUGGCAAAAACUUUCUUUACAAAACAUAGAAUGGCAAGAACUUUCUUUACAUAACAGAAAAUGAAAGGUGUUGUAUAACUUGUCAUCCGCAGGCUGCAGAACAUUUAAUUCAUUCAUUUUUUGUUUAAAUUUUGAGUUUUAGGUAACAAUUCAAUGUUUUUUUUAUUUUAGGUUGUAUUUAAGCCACUUUUUAAAAUUUAGGCAACAAUUUUGCUGUUUUUUUUUAGUUUUAAGUAUUAAAAUGGCACUUUUUUCAUUUUUUAGAUAACACCUUAGCUUAUUUUUAUUUAGAUAUCAUUUGAGUGAAUUUUUUGAAUUUUGGGUAAUAGUUUUUAUCUUUAAGCCAUUUUUACUAAUCUUAUCAUCAAUUUCCAGGUGGAACGUAGUAGACGUCUUGGACUCGGCCAAUCUUCUCUUAGUCACAGCCAGAGCUCUAAGAUAUGCCAAUGCGAAACAAGGCACUCAACUGGUCGAAAGGUUCAUCCGCACCGGUCGCGUAAUGCUCGACGCGAAAGCAGCGACCACUUGCGAGAUCUCGAAAUGGAUGAAUUAUAUUACCAUAGCCUUGUCCGAGGUCCCCAUCGAGCAUUGGACCCCGGCGCUGGACAAACUGGUACAGGAAAUGAGCCGAGACGCACAGAAUUUCGAUGCAGAUGACAUCAAAUGCAUGACUUGA